AUGUUCGCGCUCGCGCGCCCCGCCCUCGCCUCCAGCCUCGUGCUCACCAGCGCCUCGGCGGUGACCCUCGGGGCCACGGUGGGCUCCAGGGCGCGCGUCGCCGCUCGGCAGACGCCUGAGGAGCUGGGCUUUACCGACAUAGGCGACGCCGACGACGCGCACAGCUACGGCAAGGCUCAGUUCAGCGAGGAGUUCUGCUUGGACAUCGGUGCAAAGGGCUUCCCGAUCCCCACGGACCAGAUGCUCCAGGCGGUCAACUGGGAUGCGGCGAAGUAUUUUUCGCAGUUGCAGGGGGCAGGGUACGCCGAGGACGCUCUGCAGAUGACCGGCCCGGACGCAGCCAUGCUGAAGUCGGACUGUAUGAAGGAGCGCGCCCACGGCAGGACAAAGCAUCUCUUUGUUGGCGAUUCGCAGAUGAUGGCCCUCCGCAAUGCGUUCCACCGCCUCAACAAGUGCCCUGAGCUCUGGUGGGACAAUCACACCGCGGCUUACCUUGACGACAUGAUGGCGUCGGUCCGCAGGAACGAGAAAGGCGGGUCAAAGACGAAGAGCAAUGCCCGCUUCUACUCCCGCACCAAGCAGGCCCCAGAGACGGCGGAGCUGCCGAAAGGCUGCUCGGAGGAGGGCAUUGGAUCUUUCAUCCACUGGGACGGCUGGGUCAGCCACCAGCUGCCCAUCAAGGAGAUAAAGAAGGAGAUGGAAUUGAUCGGCGUGGACCCUAAAGAGGGGGACACCGUUGUCGUCUGGGUUGGCUCGAACUUUGUCCCGGCAAGGCACAGGAUGUCCGCCCUGCUUGAGUCCAUCAACCAGCUCCACGAGCUUAAGGUCAAGAUGGUGUGGGACUCGCCGACCUACCAUGACGAGGCCAUCAUGGCUGCCACGACGAGCCAGGACAAAGGGCGCGACCCGCGCACCAACAUCCCAAUCGUCUUCAACUCCAUCCUCCAGCGCAAGUUGUCCAAGCAACUUGGGUCGAACGAGUAUCGCACCGAGAAAGCGCUUUACGAGCAGGGCAUCGAGGUCCCUACCACGAAGCGGUGGCAAAUCUCCAACCGCUACCGCGGGCUCCAGUGCGACGGCAUCCACACUGACAUGCGCGCCAGGGACCCUCUCUUCUACGACAUGCCGUGCCCCAUGGGCCAGCAGAGAUACGGCCAAUCCACCUAUUGCACCUGGGUCGAGCCUUUCGACAAGAAGAAGCUGAGUGGCCUCUGCCCAGUGGCCAACGGGCUGGACGACCUGGUGCUGCAGAGCGGGCUGUAUUCCAUGUGCGCUGCGCACGAGGAGCCCUUCUGCUACACGUACACCGAGCACAUCCGCUGA